AUUGGCAGCAGCUGACCAGUACGACAAAGCUGGUCUUCCACCUCUUAUGUGUUUUGCUCUUGCAUACUUGCUACCUGGUUUGUGAUCUUCCUCCUUGGUCCAUGCUUCAGCGCGCAAUAUGGCAAACAAAGCAUUAGCUUUAAUUUAACUAGUUGUGAGAUGAUACCAUUUUCCUAGUCACAUCGUCAUGCAAAGAUCGUAAUAAUGUUUAAAAAGAAGAAACAGACAGCUCCUGCUCGCAAGCCUCAACCGGCAGCAGCGCCCCAACGUCGUGCUCCGCAGCUCAGCGUUGGCGAAUGCCUGCAGCAAGCCCAAGAGGCGCUACGUAGGCUGCGUGGAUUAAGUCCGGGAGACCUGAAGGCGUUUCCUCUCCUGAACGAGAUACAGCGCUUAGUGCAACAGCUGAAGGAGUCAACAGCGUCACUGCCACCGGCUGAUCAGGAAGCGUGGAGCUUCCAAAUUGGAGACCUCGACGAUGAGUUCAGAGAAUUGGCGGACGUCGUGGUCGCUAAUGCGGACGCCGCACCGAAGCCAGAGCCCCGGGUAACCACUCCUCUCGCGCCGACCACCAGCACCGGCUCUGUCGCCCGCGCCGGCACCGCCACCUCCUCUCCUCGAGCUCCCAACACCACCGGCAGGGUGCAGCAGGCUGUGGCGCUCUUCUCACGCCAGGAUGGCUUCACAAGCGGCAGUGGCAGCCAGUCUGUGCCACCGCAUGGGAGCCUCCGUCGCAUAAACAUCGCAGCCCAACAGCAUCACCAGCAGCAACAGUUUGCGCAGCAACAGUAUUACCAGCAGCAGCAGCAAGUGGAGGAGGCCGAGCGUUCGUCUGAUAGCACUCAUCCCUCCUACAUGUACCUAUCGGAGCAGGAACGUGCGGUGUUGGCCCAAAAGCAGCAGGCUCUGUUGGAGAAGCACCAACAGUUCAUCGAGCACCAGCGGGCAGAACAGCAGCGGGCAGCCUUGCAGAGGCAGCAACUGGGACAGCAGCAGCAGCAGCAGCCCGGUUUGCGUUACACUGCUUCCGUCGGUUCGGCUAACGGCGGGCCGUCGGAGCACUACCUGCAGCAGCAAUGGCAGCAGCAGCAGCAGGAACAGCAACGGCUCCAGCAGGAGCAGUGGCAGCAGCAACAACAAUGGCAGCAGCAACAGAGGCUGCAGCAAGAGCAGCAGCAGCAGUGGCAAGCGCAGCAAGAGCACUUGCAGCAGCAGCAACAACAGGCCCAGUUACGUCAACAGCAGCUGCUCUUGGCACGCCAACAAUUGCUGGUAGAGCAGCAGCAGCUACAGCAACAGCAACCUUCCCAGCAGCUUGAACCGUCCCAAGGUUACAGCCAGCAGCAGCAGGCGACCCCGUCAUCCGCCUAUGCGUCUGCCCAGGCGACGCCAACCGCGUACAGUGCAGAGGCCAGCAGGUCAGCUGCAAGUCAUGCUUCGCAUCACCUAGGUAUGGGGCCGCAGGGGCUUCCAUUACAGCAGCAAGCCCCUGGACCGCAGGCGGAGACUCCCGGGGCUGAGGUUGGCGGUGGGGAAGACGAUCUAUUCAGUGGGCUGGACAUUGUAGCAGAGGACGAAGCACACGCGAGUGCGCAGCCAGGCCAAGCAGCAGCAUCCGAUGCUUCACGCCAACAGCAGGAGUCUGACCCCUCUGCUGCGUUCCAGCAACAGCCGCAGCAACCGUUGGGAGGUGUCGCAGCUGGCGCGGCUGUAGAGGCAGCUGCAUUAGGAGCGGGCCGUGGUGCGCCUGGUCCUAGUCAGCGUGCAGCACCGUACGGCUUCCGACCCGCGGGUCACUCGACGCCGGCGCUGAUGCACUCGAGCAGCCAAGCGUCGUUGCGAGCGUACGGCGCGGCCGCUAUGCCACAGGGCCCCGAUAUGGCUGCGGCGGUGGGUGCCCCUGCUCGUGACAGUGCAUCUGGUCAAAGCCAUCAGCAGCACUACCAGCAGCAGCAGCAGCAACAACAACAACAAAGCUGGCAGCAACCCCAGGAGCAGCCCUCCAUGCAAGAGCAGCAGCAUCACCAACAGCAGCAGCAACACUGGCAAUACCAACAGCAGCAACAACAGCACAUGCAGCAAUACCUGCAGGAGCAGCAGCAGCAACAGCAGCAGGAGCUUGGAUACAAUUCCAGAGCCGCCGGCGGCAGCGCUCAGAGCACUGACAUGUCUUCGGAAUCACAGCUCCAGCAGCAGCCCAUGCAUGCAGCAAGCACGUCCGGCCAGGAGCAGUCGUACGCGACACAAGAGCAGUCGUACGCGGCUGCAGCUCCCGUUGCCGGCACGGCUUAUCCUGCGCCCUUCCGGAAGAAGAAGACGAGCUCGGUGAAGCUAGGGUGUGGCAACGCGGCCGACGCUGGGACCGGUCAGCCUGCAUGGCAGCAGCAACAACAACAUCCACCUAGCGGUGGGUCUCAUCGCAGACAAGACAGCGCCGGCGCGCAGCAACAGUAUGUUGCGGAUUGGACAUUGCAGGAGCACCGCCAACGGCGACCGGGAAGCGGCCAACAACAGCAGCCGCAGCCACAGCAGCAGGCCAUGCCCCAGCAGUCCUACCAGCAGCGCGAGUCUGCCAUGCAUGUUCCUCCUCCCAGUGCUGCAGGUGCUGCUGUAACCUCCGUACCUGCGCUCGAGGCGGUUCAGCCGUACAGCCGACCUGGCACUGCUCAGACUUCCUCAUCACACCACCACCAGCAGCAACAACCCGGCUACUACUCACAGCAGCCGCCACAGGCACCAGACGUAAGCGCUCAAUCCCAACAAGGCCAGCAGGUGCAGUAUGCAUACCAGGACGGUGCCGUACCAGUCGCAAACGGUAAUACGAGCUUCAUGACUCUGCAGUCGCAGCAACAGGCGGGCGCAGCCCAAUGGCAGCAGCCAAGCGAGCAGCAACAGCAGCAGCAGUACUUGCAUCACGAUCCGCAUGCGCAAUCGCCUCUGCCUUACCAGCAACAGCAGCAACCGCAACAGCAAUACCCUGCAGGGUACCAACAUCAACAGCUGCAGCAUAGCGAGCAGCAGCUGCAGCACCAGCAGAUGAUGAGCCCCGGGCAGCCAUACCAGCCGCAGCAUCUGCUGCAAGCGCAGCAGCAGCAGCAGCUCCUGCACCGGCUUGCGCCAUCGGAGCAGCAACAGCCACAUCGCUCGCAUGUGGCGGCCUCAGGCAGUCAGCCCGCCCCGUCCGGGCACCCGACUGGGGCCACGACUCCACCCAUGGGGGGGCUCGCUGCUGCCGGGUAUACGGCCCGGGUGGGAUUGACGCCUCAGGCAUCCAUGUCUCACGACCUUAACCGCCAAGCGCCCUACGGCAUUCGUUUGCCAGCAACCGCAUCGGGUUACCUCAGCGGCAGCGCAGGCACGAGCGCAAACCCCGCCGGGUCGUACGGCGAAGCCGACAACAUGCAACUGCACACAGCGCGAUCUAUCACGCAUUCUGUUAGCGGUGCAGCGGCGUCCUUCCAUGCUGCUGCACCGUACGCCACCACCGCUGCUGCCACUGUAGCUGCAGCGGCAUCUAGUUCCCUGAUGUCACCUCCGCCGGCUGCCGUACCCACAUCGCCCUUGCCGUACGGUUCUUCCGCCUUCAUGCGGGGUGCCGCGCAUGCGUUCUCUACCGACGGAGCUGGCGGCGGCGGUGCCGUUGGCGCUGUCGCACCGGCAUUGGCGGCAUCAGGCAUUGCCGUACAAUCGCGCGCAUCCACGGCGAUUGUCACGGCACCCUUGCCAGUGCAACCCUACUCCAACCCCAGCGCAGCAGCACCCACAACUGCCGCAACGACCGCGACCGUGCAUGCACCCGCGUAUGCUGCGGCUGCCUCCUCCGAUUCCAUGUAUUCGACCUCCAUGGGCGGUGCAGCCGCCCGCAGCAUCUCCUCUCGUGGUGGCGGCGUCCCAGGCAGCAGCAUGGGCGGUAGCAUGGCGACAGCUAGCGCCGUUGCAAUGCUGCCCUCUGUUACGGCGCUUCCCCGUACGGAAGACCUAGAGGCGUUCCUCGAUGGCGUCACGGGCCCUGUGGACGCCUGUCGUACAGCCGCGGAGCAGCGCGCGCGGGAUGUGGUUUCGGAGCUGGGUGCAGUGCUGUCGCAGGUGCACAAGGCAGAGGCAGGCGUGCAGCAGCAGCAACGUGCUGUGAAGGCGGCACUGGCGGACGUGGUGUCGAACGUUAUCCAGCUAGAGGCCAACCAAGCCGCUGCUGUGGAGUCCGAGGACUUUGAAACCGCGGCCGCGUUGGACGAGCAGCUCAAGCAGCUGUCGUACCGUCGUACACAGCUUGAGGAGCAGUCCGUACAGCUCUGUACUGCACUGCAGCAGGCUGCAUCGUUGCGGUUGGAGGUGCUAGGUCGCCAGGCAGAGGCGUGGCGGGUUACCGGGGCGUAUCUGGCUCGCUUGCAGGUACGGCAUGGAGGGAAGCGAGGGCCGCCCAGACUCAAUGUGUCAGCUGUGGGUUGGUCCGUCUACCGUAUUACGUAAACCGCAAUGAUAGGCCGGCCAGCAGCAGAUGGCUGCGGCUCUGGCCUCCCAGGCCAGCAGGGAGGCGCAGGCAGCCGCCAUGCUGCACCGGGCGGCACAGGACACACUGGCGCAGCGCCGCUCAGCCCUGGAGGAGCGGCGUUCGCAGCUGGCGGAUGCGGCCGCCGGGGUGGAGGCACGCGUAGCCGCCGCCACUGCACCCGCGGAGGCGGAGCGAGGCCGGCGGGCAGCCGCCAGGGAUGCGCUGCAGG